GGCGCUGACAUGGUGUGUUUUACUUUAUCACCCUAGUCCCUAGCUAACUUGAGAUGAGGUUGUAACCUUUUUCAUCUACCAUUUUUAAGGCUGGAGGCAUAGCGAUUGAUCAAGCCAUCCCUUGGGAGUUAAAGAACAAAUGAGUUUACUAGAUUGAUUAGUUGUGUAUUAAUAGUGUAGACAAUUGUUUACUAAAUUCUGCUGAAUUAAUUUUAUCCUGUGAAAUUAGAUUUCUUUUGGUGAGUCUGUUUGUGGAACAGUGUACUGCUAGUAGUUAUGAAGGACGAAAUAGCUGCAGCUGUGUUCUUUGUAGCACGACUGGCCAAGAGACAUGGCUGCCUGGAUAACGAGGGCAGAGACCGCUUUGCUGCUGCUCUGACCUCUGCUCUGUUUGAGAGCUACAAGAACCAUUGGUACCCGCACACUCCCAGCAAAGGACAGGCAUACAGGUGUUUGCGUAUGAAUAGUUUCCAGUUGAGGGACCCAGUGUUGGAGAGGGCAUGUGUAAAAGGUGCCAUUCUGUAUGAAGAUCUGGGGUUGCCAAAGGAACUUACUGUCUGGGUGGACCCAGGAGAAGUCUCCUGCAGGUAUGGGGAGCGCUGUGCACCCUUCUGUGUGAUUCAGCUGGAGGACUUCCAUCGUGGUGGUGGGGAAUUUUCUCGUCGUAUUCAAAAUGCUGUGGAGCGUGCUGCCUUGGAUGUCCAAUCAGGGGUCUUGUCUGAUGAGGAGGGUGGGGACAUCAGCAUGAGUAGCAGUUGCAGCAGCGUAUCAACUUCAUGUCCUGCUCCAGGCCCAACCCCCAACCUAGAGCCCAAAACGAUUCCAACAGUGAGCAAUCCCAACAGUGUCUACCAGAUCAGUGAAUUUGCUCCAGCUGGCCCACUGCUCUGGGCAGGGUACCCCAAAAGGAAGCCUUUCUCUGGUGAGGGCCACCCAUCUCAUGCCCCUCCAGGGACCCCGUUCUCCCAGCACAGCUCACAGUUCCCUCCCCAGAAAGGCUACAAACCCUACCGGCCAUCUUUCUGCUUUACUGGGCCACGGGUUGACAAGUACCAUUGGGUCAGCAAGUCCAGGUCCUAGGGAACUGGAACUGCUGGGGAACCAAGGCCCAGGAAUGGAACUAUAGAGAACUAGAAGGUUCAAGUUUACAUUAUUUAUAAAAUUAUGAAAAUUAUGCUGAUAAAGCAUUUUUAAUUGACAAGUAUUUUAAUAAAAAAAAACAUUUUAUGUUGUCUUAACUACAAUUGCUAUUUCUAAGUGUAAAAAAUUGUCUGAAUAAAAAGGAUCAAUUGUUUUU